CCUAUCGAAGGCAUCGCGCACCCAGAACGAGGACGGGCGACGGUGAUUUCGCCCCUCCGUGAAUAGGAAAGGCGACUGAACUUUAUCGGUAUCAGCGAUAAACAAAAGUACAUACCUAGCCGACAAUCAGGCGUGGAAAAGCAGGUCACUCUUGAGCCUUUCAAACACUCGGCUUGCCGGGCUUGUUUUAACCUGAGAACUUUACAUUUCUCAGCCCUGAAAAGGAACGAUGGCUUCCUCAGGCAAAACACCGUCAUCCCAAGCGGAUCUAGGCUCAGGUCAGAACGCAUUCACAAACAACCUCAACUCUCCUCUCGACUUCAACACCCCGAGAGCCUACAAUCGACCAUCAUUCGCCGAUUCUUGGGCGCCACCACCAGUCAACCCUCCGGAUUCCAAUCCGCUGGACCUAAACCCGCAACGCCAUCCUAACCCUCCGUUGCCUCCUUUGGCUGGUUUGUAUGAACAACAUCACUCUACCAACCCGUACUAUCAACACCACCACCAACAACAAAACCAGCAAUAUCACCAACAGUACCCUCAGCAGUACCCUCAGCAGUACCCUCAACCAUACUCUCAGCAAUACCCCCAACAAUACCUCCAGUCAUACCCCCAAUACCCUCAGCAACACCCUCAGCAGUACUCUCAGCAACACCAUCAGCAAUUGCCGUCAAUCUCCCACUACCAUAACGCGCCAACUCAGAACAUUAACGAUUAUCGUAAUCAAGAGAUUCCCAGUUGGGUGUCGGCGAGAGCGGGUUCGGCACUUCCUGGAUUAGAUCCGGGUUAUCGGCGACAAUCGUCCGUUAACCACGCGCAACAUUAUUCCGUUGCCCCACCGAGAGACCAGCACCAUAGAUCGUCGUCAUCCUUCGUUCAGAAUCCACACGCGCAACUUCCUCAGCCAUAUCGAUCCCUCCCAGACCCGUAUGGUGACGAUCACUACUUGAAUGCCCUAGCUACUGGCGAGUUUUCUUCGCCUUCACUACCACCUAUCAAUAGCAGUCCGCGCCCACCUACCCGACGAUCAAAUUUAUCGGGAUUGCCGAACCCUUUGGAAGUUGGCGAAGCGAUGCCAAUUCAAGCUCGCGAUCAAAGAACUGGGAAAGGACGCAUGGUUGACUUAACAAAGGAGGAGCCUGAUUCACCCUCUGGGGUUGACCCUACAACGCACAGAAUGCCGCCUUUCGCUAGAAAACGACCCCUCGCCACCGACACGCACGCAGUUCCCCCCAAGCGCCGACGUUCUUCUGCAUCUUCUCCUGCCUCCAGUCGAGUCAACCGAACAAAAUCGAAGCGAGCCAGCGAUAUCUCGCCAUUUAUCGAUGAUGAACUCCCUAGCGAUCCUACGAACGGUGACGCUCAUGAGACAAUCGAUUUGUCUAAUGCUGCCGACGUGCCAAACGAUCUAUUGGCUAACAAACGUGACAAUCGAGUGAAGAUUGGCAAGUUUCAGUGUGUCAUUUGCAUGGACGAUGCAUCUAACCUGACUGUCACACACUGUGGUCACCUUUUCUGUUCCGAAUGCUUACAUUCGGCGCUCCACAUCGACAACAUGAAGAAGACAUGUCCCGUCUGCCGAACGAAGGUCGAUCCUAAGGAUAAGAAGGGCAAAAACCAGAAGUCGUAUUAUCACCUCGAGCUCAAGAUUAUGACGGCAAAUAAGAAGGGAAAGCAGCCUGCCAGUUCGUCUUGAUCGCGGCGCAGGUGCUGCUACGCUGUAACUGACGUGGUGAAGACGCAGUUCAGAUACGAAGUCGACAGCGACUUAUGACGACCGAAUAAUCUCUUUUCUUUUGACGGCAUGUCGCAAGACCUUGGUUGAGGCGGUUAAAAUAGGAGCGGAUUACAAUAGAGUUGGGCCCUCCUUAAAGGAGUAAUUCUUGUUCAACCCAGGGAAGGAAAGGCAUUGGCAAUUACGGACAGGCAUUACAGCAUCAUACACUUGAUACCAGGCAAUAUGCGAGGUUUUUGCAUGGAAAGGGGAGUUCGUUCAUAACAUCCACGGCGUGAUACCCCAUUGUGUUUUCACCUCUCAUCGGGCUCGGAGGCGCCUUUACUGCUUUUCAUAUAUCCCCUUACUAUAUUGCGGGGAAUUUUGUGAUUGUUACGGCAAGAUAGUAACAAUCAUACUACCUAGGUAGUCAUACAAAAUAAUAACCUUCCCAAACUUUCCCAAUGUGUUUUAUGUGCAUCUCCUACGCGAUAGUAGGCAGCUUUCUCAAUACCCAGGGAGAGGGUCGUAACUGAUUAUAGGUCCCUAAUUCAUUAGGUAGAAGUAUUUCUAUUCCUUACGCCUAUCGUAAGUCGCACGGUAAUCCUGUAGGUGGGUACUUAACCCCUACGUAGUUGCGUUCCCUCAAUCCGAGCAAUAUCG